AUGAACUGGAUUUUUCUUGCAUUGGGAGCUGCAUUUUACGUACUCAAAGACUAUAUCACUGGCUCCCUCUUGAUCGUUCUUGCAAUCACAAACCUCUAUAUGACAUUUUCCCAAGAAUACGCAGCUGAGCAGACUCUUGCUGCUCUCCGAAACCUUUCUUCUCCUCAGGCUAAUGUAAUUCGGGACGGAAGAGAGCAAGAUGUGCCCAGCAGAGACAUUGUUCCUGGUGACAUAUUGCUGAUUAAAGAAGGCGAUUCAGUUAGUGCAGAUGCAAGAUUGAUUAGUAUUUCAGAUCUUGAGGUCGAUGAAGCGCUUUUGACCGGUGAAUCUAUGCCCGUCCAAAAAGAGCUUAUUGUUUUAUCCAGCCCUGGUAAGUAA